CCUCGCCUGCGCACUGGAGGCCGCGGCGGUGGCGGGAAGUGCGUCCGUGAGGUAACUCUCGCCCCCGGUGUUCUCCCCGGGGCCGCUGUUCAUGACGGGGCUGUUGCCGGGGCCGCCUCAGUGAAAGCCUGCAGCGUUCUACACCUUGGGAGGGGGAGAAGGUGAAGGGUGAAAAUACAGUAACCUAUCGACUGUUCCUAACAGAAGAAAGAAAAUUUCUGCUCACAAUGCUUCCUGUCAGAAUGAAAUUCCUACAGCUACUGUGCAUGAAACCAGGGAAGCUAGAAACACUCUUUCAAAUACCUUUUUGCCAAAAGCAAUUCCCAUUUAUGUGUCUGGCUACCUCUACAUGUCUUCAUAGUAAAAAAAAAAAAGUAAAUGGCUAUGAACUAGUUGACCAGGAAAAAUACAAUAAUUUGGUCUCCUCUGUGACCUCUUACAAAACCAGUGCCCAAACACCAGAGACAAUCUUUGAAGAAGACAAUUUUUUAUAUGGGCCACCAAAACAACACAAACGUCCGGUUAAAGCUGAAACAAAAGCUCCAAAGAAUUGGGUUCCUUUAAUAAACCCGAACAAGAGGAUUCCCCUUCUCAACAGUGAUUCAAACUUCCCCAUGAAGAUCCCUUUAAAAGAAAAUAAGAAGACAAAAAUGCCCAGUGUUACCCAUAUUCUUCAACAGACUAUUUCUCCACAGCAAGCCUUUUAUCUAGAAAGAUGGAAGCAGAAAAUGAUACUAGAACUUGGAAAAGAUGGUUUUGCAGAGUAUACUAAAAAUCUUUUCCUCCAAGGACAUCUCUUUCAUGCCUCUUUGGAAUCUAUAUUCCUGUCUGAAGAGAUGGUAACUAAGGAGCAGAGAGAAGAUGACACUGUUUCCGGCUACUUGUCAAGUGUGGAACAUGUCUUGAAAGAUAUCAGUGAAGUGAGAGCUCUGGAAAGUGCAGUUCAGCAUGAGGCUCUUCAGUAUCUGGGCCUGGUAGACUGCGUGGCUAAGUAUCGAGGCCAGUUGUGUGUGAUUGACUGGAAAACUUCAGAGAAACCAAAGCCAUCUUUGGAGAAUACUUUUGACAACCCUUUACAGGUUGCAGCAUAUAUUGGAGCCAUCAAUCAUGAUGCCAAUUAUGACUUCCAGGUUAGCUGUGGACUCAUCGUGGUUGCCUAUAAGGAUGGCUCCCCAGCGCACCAGCAUUUCAUGGCUCCUGAGCUGUGCUCAGAGUACUGGAAUAAGUGGCUUUUGCGCCUUGAAGAGUACAUGGAGAAAAAAACACCUAAACUAAGCUGUGCAGAGGCAAGUGGUCUGAGCAAAGAGCCAGAGCAAGAAUCCUUUAGUUAAAUCUGCGAUUUUGUUACAUACUUUUUGUUGAGCAACUUCAGCUAGUUUUUUUAUAUUUGGUUCACCCUUCCUAAAAAAAGAAGAAAAUUUGGAAUGAGGAAGGGGGAAUGUGUUUUUGCUGGUGCUGUAGGUGACUGGAGUGGACCAGCCAGGGCAAAGUCAACUUUAUUAAUCUCUGCUUUCCCCCCCGUAGUUUAUACAAUGUGACGUAGAUAGGAAAGUUUCUGUUAUCAAGUAAAAAAUGUCACUCAAA